AUGAAAUCUUUUGCAACGCUCUCAACGACGCCCAAAGCCAUGACAAACUCCUUCCCAGCAACCUUCGUUCGCGGCGGAACCUCCAACGGCCUCAUCAUCCACCGCUCUGCCCUCCCCAAGGACGAGUCACAAUGGCAGCCCAUUCUCUCCAGCGCAAUGGGCUCCCCCGACCCUUUCGGUCGACAGCUAAACGGCAUGGGUUCAGGAAUCUCGUCCACGUCGAAGAUCUGCGUGAUUUCGAAGUCAGAGCGGAAGGAUGCUGAUUUGGAUUACACGUUUGUGCAGGUGGGGAUUAAGGAUGGGAGUCUUGAUAUGGCGGGGAAUUGCGGGAAUAUGAGUAGUGCUGUAGGUCCAGUAGCAUACGACGACGGCCUCACCAAACUCACAACAAUCAAGAAGAACGAAACCACAGUCCGCCUCUUCAACACCAACACCAACAAACUCGUCCACAGCACCUUCUCCAUCAACCCCGAAAACCAGUCCUACAACCCAGCCGGCGAGUACAGCAUCGACGGCGUCCCAGGCUCAGCUUCAGGUAUCACUCUCUCCUUCCUAGAUCCAGCGGGUGCAAAGACGGGAAAAGCGUUACCUACUGGCAACUCACUCGAUGAGCUUAAACUGCAGGAUGGGACGACGAUUAGAGCGAGUUUGGUAGAUGUGGCAAACCCUGGUGUCUUUGUGCUGGCUUCCGAUGUUGGCGUUCCGGGAGAUGUCUCGUCUGAUGCGCUUGGAGCUGAUGCUGCUGUGAUGGGGCGACUAGAAGAGAUCCGAAGAGCAGGCGCGGCGAUGAUGGGAAUGGAUCCGGAUGUACAGAGUGUGCCGAAGGUUGUUCUGAUCUCGAAGCCUGGAGCUAAUGUUGAAGGAGUCAAUAUCAUUUGUCGCGCGCUGUCGAUGCAGCAAGCGCACAAGGCGGUGCCGUUAACGCUGGCGUUGAAUCUCGGUGCUGCGUGUCGGAUGCCUGGUACGCUGCCUGCUAUGACUGCCGUUGGUGCGGAAGGAAAGGGCUCUGUGGUCAUUGCUCACGCCGGUGGAAAGCUGGAAGUUGGUAGUGAGAUGAAGGAUGGUGAUAUUGAAAGUGCCUUGCUGCAUCGGACAGCGAGGGUACUGAUGAAGGGGGAAGUCUUCUACUCCUUAGACGCCAACGGCUGA